GUGUGCAAGCUCACAUACAAGACCAUACAUUUGACUACUAUCAUCCUUCCCACAUGGCAUGGCAUCCUCAAGGACUUGUUGGAACCCCAAACCCUCAUGCCAUGCGAUGUGGCCACACGGUGGAAUUUGAUGUUUGAUAUGUUGGAUUACGCACUUGAACAUUGUGAGGCCAUAGAUACCAUUACGCAACGGCGAGACCUCGGUUUACGGAAGUAUGAGUUGGAGGAUAAUGAGUGGGAAAUACUACAGCAAUUGCGUGAUAUACUAAAGAUUCUAAAGGAUGCCACGCUUUACUUCUCAUGUGCAACACCUAACCUUGCGAUGGUGAUACCAGCAAUGGAUCAUGUCAACAAGAUGCUCACGUCCUAUUUGUGCAACAAGAAAUAUAUGCCUUCAAUUCGUUUGGCAGUUCAGCUCGCAAAAAAGACACUCAACCGGUACUAUCAGCUCACAGACAGGUCUCACACAUAUCGGAUCUCCAUGGUGUUACAUCCCCAACACAAGCUAUCAUACUUCAAG